AUGAUUUAUGCAACGACUUUCGCUUUCUUCAUACUUUGCGUCGUUCUCUUGUGGAUCGGAAUUCCACGGAGAAUUUCAGAGCCAUGGAAGUUUCUUGCACGAGGACGCCAGAUGUUGAUUCAACGUGCGCGGGAACACAAUGGAAAACCAUUCUCCAUCCUCAUCCCUGGAAAUCGCCUCCACCUCGUUUCAAGCAAGGCCCACUGGGAAGAUCUCAACAACACGAGUCUCAAUCAUCUCUCCAGCCAUGUUUGGUCGAAGGAGCAUUUCCAGCCGAAGUAUACUUUCGGUUAUGAAUGGCCAGAUCGGCGGCAGGAUGACGGCAUGCCUGUUAUUCGUGCCAUACGAACGCUGUCUAAUCAGUUCUCUGGGCUACGGGAACGAUAUGUUAGUCUCAUGGAGUCUGAUCUCAAUGAUGCAUUGAAGAUAUACAUUCAGCCUAAUGGAAUUAGCGUUAUUCCUUUGUGGGAGACAGUGAAACGACUCGGAAGCAGAAUGAACAUAAUGAUGUUGUUUGGACAACAUAUCGCGAAUGAUUCAGAAUUCGUAGAUCGAGGCUUGAAAUACAUCGAUGAAGUUACAUUGGUAUCUGAAGCGGCCAAGAGUUUUCCGCUAUUUUUAAUGCCUCUCAUGUCCAGAAUCAUUCGCGGUCGCAACUUAAACGCUCAAUAUGUUCGCGAGAUUGCAACUCACCUGAUCCUGGACAUUUUCACGCAUCCGGAAUAUCUUCCUGCCUUGCGGGAAGAGGUCAAGGAUGUACUUGGCAACCCAGCAUCCGACAUCAACAAACUUCCAUUGCUGGAGAAUUUCCUCAUUGAAUCGAUACGCUUUCACUGCUUUCUCUCAACGGUAGUUCACCGCGUUCCGCUGAAAUCAUUCAGCUUUUCGGAUGGUUAUACAGUUCCUAAGGGUGAGAUUGUGGAAUUCUAUCAGUACAGCGUCAUGAACGAUGAAACCAUUCACUCGAACCCGAAUGAAUUCAAUCCUAAAAGAUUCGAAGGAAAAGCUCGAAAGGCUACUGAUAUUAGUAUGGAAUGGCCGUUCUGGGGCAAUUCGAAGAUGGCAUGUCCAGGUCGGUUUCAUGUUUGCAAUGUGGCAAAGCUGAUUGCAAUUUACUUCAUCACGAAUUUCGAUUGCGACGUUACAAAUAGCCAUAAUCCAAGUUUCGAAUUUCGAGACGUUAGUGUACCGCACCCAAAGUGGGAGUUGAUCAUGAGGAGACGUACUAUGUAGCGAUAGUCAACUGUCUACUCGGGACCAUGACACACAAUCAUCCCGGAAGUUUUAGAGAUCCUUGGGAAAGCUUUAUUGUCCCUAUAUUGGGUUUUCCAUCAAUGAAUGAACUAUCCCAUCGACAUCGGACUUUUUG